AUGCCGCCGUACGCCUUCCCACCAUUUACAUUCACAUCGACGCACACCACAACCACCUCCCAGCAACCGGCGAGCACCACUACGCCGGUAACAAUGCCAUACUCUGUUCCAACGCUCAACGAUGCUGGAAAACAUGAUUUCGUGGCUCCCAUUGUAUCACAAGCAGAGAGCAGUGUCCCAUUCAUUAUCGAUACAGUCCUCUCAAACAAGGAUGCUCCAUCUCCCUCCUCCGACUCCAACGCUUCUACCUACCGCGACAAUGAAAACAUAUUGGCACCAGUAGUGGAAAAAGCAGCUUUUCAACUUGCUAAACUUCUGCGAGUGAGUGACGAUGCUGUCUCUAAGAAGGAAGCGUAUCCUUUCACUGAUUUCUGGCAGGAUACAAUAAAGAGACUCUCUAACGAUGUUAAUGUUGGCCGCAUCAUUUCUCAUGCUCGAACGGCUUCGAUGAACAAGUUGAGACCAAUUUUGGAUCACCUACGCUCUGCUCGCAACUCUAUCAUGAAUUACAAUUAA